UUCUUCUUUCCAAACCCCACAUCAAUUGUAUUUUCUAUCAUGACCUCGUUUUUUGCUUGGCUCGCGAAUGCGCGGCUGCCGGCCUCAAUGGUCGUCUCGUAUAUCCCCGACUGGAUAGUGACGUGCUCGUGCACGCUCAUUUGGCUAUACCUUGGAAUUGCAACGCCGCAUUACCAGUACUUUUCAGUCACCGACAAGGAAAUAUCGUACCCGUACGUAAAGCCCGAGGACCAGACAGUGACUGUGCCUAUGCUGUUCUUUAUUGCGACGGUGGUGCCGGCGGUGAUAGUGGUGCUGUAUUCGCUCUGCCUCCGCCGCAACCUACACGACCUGCAUGUUGGCUUGCUGGGCUUGCUUCUGACUAUCUCGCUGACGCUGAUGUUCACAAACGGCCUGAAGAAUGUGCUUGGCCGGCCACGGCCCAACCUGCUCGCGCGCUGCCAGCCCCGGCACCCCAAGGACGGCGGCCCGCUGGCCGAUCCACCGCAGGGUCUGUCCAGCAUCGACAUUUGCGAGCAGCCCUCUAUCGGUGUACUGAAUGAGGGAUUCCGGAGCUUCCCGUCGGGGCACACCUCGCUGUCGUUCGCCGGCAUGACAUACUUGUCGCUGUAUCUGGCUGGCAAGCUGCAUGUAUUUGACAACCAAGGCCAUUCAUUCAAGUCGUUUAUUGUGAUGUUCCCAAUCUUGGUUGCUGGCAUGGUUGGCGCGUCGCGUGUCGCCGACUAUUGGCAUCAUCCGACGGAUGUGUUUGCCGGCGCCUUUGUUGGCCUGGCUACUGCCCUUUUCAGCUACCACCAGUAUUAUCCCGUAUUGUAUUUUGUGCAUUGUGACAGGCCGUUUGACCCGCGCAAGGCGCCAUCGCCGAUAUUGCCUGUUGUCGAUGAGGAAUUCCAUCGGCGCCGUAUGAAUGCUGGCGAGGGGCACGGUUACGCUAUGUCACCCACGACAAGCAGCAACAAUUUUGCUGAGGAUAGUCAAGAGGCACUGGUCAGACUAGAGAGUGGCCGCAACUAGGAUUCUUCUAUAUUUGAUAGCGCGUUUUGUUGGUCCAUUAUAUUCGAGCUGAUGAUAUUCGUUGCA